AACAUGGAUUUGUAUAUCCUUCAGAAACCUGAGCUCACCUGAAGAAGUAGCGCACUACCCAUAGUAAUGUGAAAAUCAGGAGGCUAGGGGGGAUUUUGUAGCUUAUGAGUUGAUUAACAACUAAUAAGACACUUUUAAGAGUGAAUUUGGGCGCCAGGACAACAAGCAUAAAAAGUGGCACUGCCUUGGGCACAGCAAGAUGCACUGAGAGUGUGUGAAGGAAAGGGAGCUUGGAGGAAAGAAUGUAAGAGGGGCUGCUGAGAACAUGGAACCUGCAUGCUGCAGAGAUGGCACUUUGGGGAUUGGGACUACAAGUGAAAUGGGCAAGCCAAGUGGGCGCCUCAGAUGCACAUCCCUGCAAGCAUCCCCUUCCUUAGGCUUUGUUUGCUCUUGGUGUCCUGUUGUAUUUCUUUGGUAGGCUGACUCAUGAUCCAAAAACCUGUUUUACAGUAAAUUUUCUGCCAAGAAAAGGAAGCAUUUUCCUCCAGCAAUGAACUCCUCGUUUCACCCACACUUUUUGGAUCUCAACUUGAAUGCCACAGAGGGCAACAUUUCGGGACCAAAUGUCAAGAAAGACAUGGGCAUUGCUAUGGUGUUUCUGACUCUGGGUCUCAUCAGUCUCCUGGAGAACAUCUUGGUCAUUGGGGCCAUAGUGAAGAGCAAGAACUUGCACUCACCCAUGUACUUCUUUGUGUGCAGCUUGGCUGUGUCUGACGUGCUAGUAAGCAUGUCCAAUGCCUGGGAGACCAUCACCAUACACUUGACAAAUAACAGGCACCUGGUGAUAGCGGAUGCUUUUGUGCGCCACAUUGACAAUGUGUUUGAUUCCAUGAUCUGCAUCUCCGUGCUGGCUUCCAUGUGCAGUUUGCUGGCCGUCGCAGUGGACAGGUACGUCACUAUCUUCUACGCCCUGUGCUACCACCACAUCAUGACGGCAAGGCGCUCGGCAGUGAUCAUCGCCUGCACCUGGACCUUCUGCACGGGCUGCGGCAUCGUCUUCAUCAUUUGCUAUGAAUCUACUUAUGUCAUCAUUUGCCUCAUUUCCAUGUUUUUUACCAUGCUGUUCCUCAUGGUAUCUCUGUAUACACACGUGUUCCUUCUGGCGUGGACUCCUGUCAAGCAGAUAGCAGCACUGCCUGGGUAUGGGGCUGUGUGGCAGAUGACCAGCAUGCGUGGUGCUGUCAUCCUGGCCGUGCUACUGGGCAUCUUUAUCGUGUGCUGGGCCCCCUUCUUCCUCCACCUCAUUUUAAUGAUUUCUUGCCCUCAGAACUUCUAUUGCUCUUGCUUUAUGUCUCGCUUCAAUAUGUACCUCAUACUUAUCGCGUCCAAUUCUGUGACUGAGCCUCUGAUAUAUGCCUUUUGCAGCCAGGAGAUGCGGAAGAACUUUAAAGAGAUUAUUUGUUGUUGUGACUUCAGAAUCACCUGCAGAUUUUCUAGCAGGUACUGA